AUGCCAUCAACAGCAACACCCGAGCAAUCGCCUUUACUUCUGCAGGGGUCACCCAGCCAUGGGCGCUGGUCGCCUCGUCUCCCACCUGCACGCGACGCAGACCCGCAAAUAAAGUCGGCAGUGGUCGCUGCGAUAGUCUCCACCUGGAUUGCUACCUUCCUCGCAGCAGCAGACAGCACCAUCACCUCAACACUAUCAGCCACCAUCGCGCAUGAAUUCGGAUCCCUAACCCUCGUGUCAUGGCUAGGAUCGGGUUAUCUAAUUGGCCUUACAGCCACACAACCGCUCAGUGGAAAAUUAAGUGACAUUUUCGGACGACGCGUGAGCUUUUGUGUCGCGUCAGCCCUGUUCACUAUCGGCAACCUUAUCUGUGGCUUCUCGCACUCGGAAGUGGUGGUCAUUGCCGCGCGGGUUGUGACUGGUAUUGGAGGAGGUGGAUGUAUUUCGAUCGCGACUUUCAUUGCCUCUGAUAAUAUACCGCUUCAUCGCCGAGGUAUUUGGCAGGGUGUUGGCGCUGUCGUAUACACCUCUGGCAUGGGUCUAGGUGCGGUGAUCGGUGGUACAAUCAAUGACGCAGUAGGCUGGAGAUGGGCGUUUAUUGGGAUUGCGCCUGUAUCAUUCAUUGCUGGACUUGGGGUCGCGGCGUUUGUACCAAGUCAGACCGAGGAAAAACAAAAUCUGGGGAAAAUGCUCGGUCGGAUUGACUUUCUCGGCGCAGCGACCUUGGUGUCAUCACUGGUACUAUUGAUGCUGGGUCUCAACCACAACGGAUCAGAGGAAACAUUCCCACUAUUCAGCCUUGUUGUUCCUGUCGGCGCGGUACUUCUGGUGGCAUUCCUUAUGAUCGAAUAUCGCUGGGCCAAAGAGCCGAUCAUUCCGUUGUCGCUGUUUGGUCGACGAACUGUCGUAGCAGCUUGCUUAGCGGCCUGGUUCAUGUCCAUGGCCUUUUAUGCACUCACAUUUUAUGUUCCACUGUACCUACAGGUGCUCGGGUAUUCAACCAGCGAGACGGGUCUUCAUCUUCUUCCCGAUUCCAUUGGUGCCGGCUUGGGGUCUUUCUUAGUUGGUCUGGUCAUUCGAGUAACAGGGAAAUAUGGUGUUUUCCGAUACACCAUGCCAUUGCUUCUCGUCAUCGCAUCGGUCGGAUUUGCUUUGAUAUCUAGAGAAACAUUUUGGGUUUUGCCGGAGGUAUACCUUUUCUGUAAAGGAUUCGGAAUGGGUGGUGCCCUGACAAUGGUGAUUCUAGCCUUGCUACAUGCGGUCCCUCAUGAAAAGCACGCAACGGCCACUUCUGCCUUGUACGCGUUUCGAUCGACAGGGUCAACGGUUGGCUUAUCUGUUGCAAGUGCCAUUUUCAGCCACCGGCUCAAUCAGGCCUCUUUGGUGAACGGCACUUCCUGCGUGGAAGGAGAUGAGUGCUAUCUGGAUGCGCUUCACCAAGCUUUCCGAUUUGCACUUUGUGUCUCUUGUACCGGUUUGAUAUCGGCUCUGUUCAUUGGCUGCGCUAGUAUAAAGGCUCGGGAGGUGGAGAGGGAAUGA